CUCGCGCCCUACGUGUCCCCGGAGCGGAAGGCGGCGUUCGUGAAGGUCGCGGGCCAACGGACGGCGCACCUCCGCGUCGCCUUCGAGCGGCCGUCGAACCCGGCGAACGCCUGGGCCUGCCUGCGGACCAUCGACGCCUUCGGCGUCCAGGACGUCGACGUCGUCAAGGACACGCUCGAGGCGCGCAUGCACGCGGCCAUGGGCGCCCAGAAGUGGCUGACGCUGCGCGAGCACGACGCGCCGGGCGACCUCGUGGACGCUCUCCACGCGGCGGGCUACAAGGUCGCGGCGACGGAUCUGGGGCCGGGGUCUCGGCCGAUCGGCGACGUCGACUGGGCGGCCGAGCCCUACGCCCUCGUCUUCGGCAACGAGGAGACGGGCAUCUCCGAGGACCUGCGGGCCCGCGCGGACGUGCGCGUGCACCUGCCCAUGCGGGGGCUCGCGGAGUCGCUGAAUUUGAGCGUGUCCGUGGGCGCGUGCCUCGCCCACGUC